GGAGGAUGCCAGUGCGGGUCACAUGGCUCCUUCUCAGCCACACUUCAUGCAGUUUGCCAUUAAAAAAAUGUUGUCGUUGCCUCCAGCCUUCCUUACUCUCCCACGUCCGAUGAGAGCACGCGUGUAGACGCCUUGUGAGGCCACACGUAUACGCGGAACCACCGGCGGUCUCCAGGCGAAACAACGAAGCGGCGCUUUUUUUGUUUUUGUUCCCCUAGAAGCGGCUCCUGUGUGGGGGCACGACAAGCCAGCUAACGUCCGCCAGGCCGGGACAGAGGAGGCCCCAAACCGCGCAGGAACACGGGGGGGGGAAACAUCAUGGCGAACAUCGCGGUUCAAAGGAUAAAACGGGAAUUCAAGGAGGUGCUGAAAAGCGAAGAGACGAGCAAAAACCAGAUUAAGGUGGAUCUGGUAGACGAGAACUUCACAGAACUUAAAGGGGAGAUAGCAGGGCCACCUGAUACACCAUAUGAAGGCGGUAGAUAUCAACUAGAAAUAAAAAUUCCAGAGACAUAUCCUUUCAAUCCACCCAAGGUGCGGUUUAUCACAAAGAUCUGGCAUCCCAACAUAAGUUCGGUCACUGGUGCAAUAUGUUUGGACAUUCUCAAAGACCAAUGGGCGGCGGCUAUGACGCUGAGGACAGUCCUCUUGUCACUACAAGCUUUAUUGGCAGCUGCAGAACCAGAUGAUCCACAAGACGCUGUGGUAGCCAAUCAGUACAAGCAGAACCCAGAGAUGUUCAAGCAGACAGCAAGGCUUUGGUCUCACGUCUACGCUGGCGCUCCCGUCUCUAGUCCGGAGUACACACGCAAAAUAGACAAACUCUGUGCCAUGGGCUUUGAAAAAAAUGCAGUAAUAGUGGCCUUGUCGUCAAAAUCCUGGGACGUGGAGACUGCAACAGAGCUACUGCUCAGUAACUGAAUCUUGACGACAAAUUUUACAUCCCCCUCAUUUUUCCCCUCCUCACUCGCUCUCAUACAGCCUCCUCCAUCUUCCCCGCCGUCUCUUGGCGUCUCCCCGCUCCGCACCUUCUGUUUCACAGUGGACUCCGCCUCUGCAAUCCCCCUCUCCCUGUUCAUCGCCGCUGCCGUACCACACUCCAAUCAGUUGCUCGGUGAGUGAGCAUGACUGGUCCCCCUCCAAGGUCAUUCAACAUUCCGGUCAGUGUUACAAUCAGAAGUCUGACCACUUUAAAAAGCCCGCCUGUGAUGCCACGUCUCUUACUGCGUACGUAAGCAGCUUACCCUCACCUAUGCAGUGCAUUCACUUUUUGGUUUUGAAUAUUUUUUUAUAUUUUUUUGCGGGACACAGUGAAGCAGAAUGUUUUGGACCAGCCCCUAAUUUGGGUCUGUUUCCACGCACUGAGAUGAAAGGCAGAGUCCAAGGCAAAUCUAAUUAUCUGUUCUCCCCCCAAUAAGACUACCCAUAUAAUUAUCACAUGGAACUAAUGCAAUUAAAGAGUGUAGAUCAGUGUAAAUAAAAUUCCCAAAUUAGAUUUUGUCAUUUAAAUUGAGAAGGCUGGGCAUAUGGAAGUAAUUCCGACACAGACAAGGAUUAUUCCAUCAUUGUCAUCCUGUUCUUUUAAGACCCGUUCAGCCACGUUCGUCGUCACACCACAUUACAUACACAAUGUAAUUACUGUCUGACAUCCCUUCCCACCUGUUCAUUACAUCAAUAAAACUCACCUGUUUCUUCUCACCACAUUUUUUUUUAAAAAGAAAAGAAAAACCUUUUAUUUGGUUUUGGCCGCCUGCAGGAAUAUGUUUGGAUUCUUGUUUUUAGAACUGAAAAAAAACAACAACAAAGAAAAACACGUUAAAUGCAACCUCCAAAGUAAAAACACAAAAAAGAGUAAAAAGUAUUGCAUCACCUUGACAAUGCCAACAGAUAAAUAUGUCAAAAGAUUCAUCUGUAAAUAAAGAUAAAGUCUGUGUAAA